UGAGUUUUAGGGAGGUUUAUGAACUAACAAUGCUGUUUGACUUAUUUUCUGUCAUAAGGAGUUAAACCAGAUGAAGAUGGUUCCUCCAGUUCACUAUUGAAACUAACAAUAUAUUUUCGUAUUGGUCUUGGUGCGUUCAUCUGAAGCUCUCAGCGUCAUGCUACCCUCUUCAUGCUCAUCUUUCAUCGCAACCAGAACACUUUUUAAAAGGUCGUUAUUGUCGUUAGAUGCUAUGUAUUAUAUUUGUCAUGACUCCCAUUUUAGGCAUCUUGUCAACGCGGCAAUAUUCACUAGUACAGCAGAAGAAUUAAUCUUGUUCGAGAUUCACACCAGUUCCACUAUUCAGCCUACUCUGAGAGAUGACGAAGGUCGUAUGCGAGCGAACUUCGAAGGCGGAGACGACAUUAGAUAGCACAUUUAGACACAGAAGCAUCGCGAUGCAUCACAAUGUUCAUCGCUGCCUUUGGCAGAUGGACAAAGGAAACUCUACAACUUCAGGAUACAACUUCCAACUAGAGAUGAGGCAUAAAGAAAGCACACUUCAGUCUAACAUUUGGAGUUUCAGUCUUGUGUAUGUCUUAUUCAAGACCUGGGAAAUUUUCUAGACUAUUCAAUAAAUUUCAGAUCAAGCUCUUCGACUUCCCUGUCAUUUGAUCCAGAGUCAGCAGUACGUCUGCUUGUGACAGAGAGCAUUCACGUUCAUUGGACUUCGCGAAAUCGAGCAUCUAUGCACAUGUCUCUCCCUUCAGAAUGUUGCUUUUUGGUGUUCUACACGCAAGUGUGCCAUACCCGUGACCCUUAUAUUCUUCUAUCACUAGAUUCCAUAUUAUCACUUUUUGAGCAAAUCUUACUGGAUAUACUGAUUUGUAGGAGUUGUCCUAGAUCAUGGAGUGCGCCGCCUACAAUCAUGGGAGCGCAAAUAUGUUAUAGCGGAUAAAAUUAUUCCAACACGUCAAUUCACUUAAGAUUACUAAACUAUCUAUUAACACAGGAAUUUGAGAAAGCAUGUCUUCAAUUUGUCGAUUUUUCUCGCAAGGCUGGACAUUUGGCAAAAUAAUUCAUUGCCUUUUGAGUAUACGACGCCUAUGCAUAUCUCUAUAUAUGAAUUGCAGGCGUGAGUUCACAUUAGGACUGUAGAAUGCAGUCUUUGAUAGCGCCCGUUUAUCAUGACAUUUUGUUAUAGCUACAAAAGUAUGGUUGAAAGGAUUCUACUCACCCAUAAAGACCAUCAUCGUCUUCAAAUAUUUGCAAAUCGAAGACGUCCCAAGCGCAAUGCAAGACCCGACGAAGUGGGGCUGGAGAAGCAUGAGUGAAACACACAUCGUACUUCUGCUCCUCUUGGCAUGCAGCAUUCUGUUGAUGCAGAAAGCUACGGCUGCAGAUCCAGAUCCACUCGUGGACUUCCCACCGAAUGCCAGCACACCCGUCUUCAGGGACAUAUUUUCACUAGGAGUUGUAGGCAAAGGAUCUGGAGGUGUGAAAGCUGGUCUUAACGUGACGAUCUUUCCUGGCCUGAAGUCACAAGGCAUAACAGUUAUCCAGUUUAGAAUGCUCCCUUGUGGAGAGAACUUACCUCACACUCAUCCCCGAGCUACAGAACUCCUGUCUAUGAUUAGUGGCGGUCCUCUUCAGGCAGGAUUUGUUGACACGAAAGGAGUCUCCAAGAUUUACAUAGUCUAUCCAGGAGAUCUUAUUAUCUUCCCUCGCGGGUUGUUGCAUUUUGAGCUGAACGUGGGAAACGAAACAGCCUUCUUUCUCUCAUCAUUUAAUAGCGAGAAUCCUGGCAUCCAGGACUCUGCAGGAGGCCUGUUGCAACUACCAGAGCGAGCAGCCGCUAUAGCUUUGAACCAAGACUUGGAAACCAUCAGGUCCUUGAAGUCUCAGAGAAAAUACAACGACCCGUCGACUCUUGUGGCUGCCAAAAAUGGAGUUUGCAUCCCUGGCCAGUUCAUAGACACUGAUAUAUGAAACUUCGCUAGCUAAUAUCACGUUUUCAGUUAAGAAUCGACCUAAGGCUUGACUAAUCCUUGGCUAACUUUGAAUAGGUCUUGGCUCGUGCUUCUUGCGUUAGUCAAGGAUAUUACAACCUCAUGCACGAAAAUUACUUGUCAAGCUAUCGACGAUGAUAUAUAUGUUGAAUAUAUAUCUUAAAUGUAAACUUCUCUUCAGAGAGUGAGCUUAGGAAUGAACUGAUUUGCUUACGAAAUGACCGUAUAGAUGUGAACACUCACACGCAUGCCUGCUUAAUGUAGGCGGUCGGCGGUCGCCACACCUGAAUACCUAAACUAGACUCCGCCGGUGCGCCUACUUAUGUUACAUAAUAGUGUCCACACUCAGACUUCAACCAUCAAAAAAAAAAAAUGAAUAUAUCUUAGUGCAUCUUCAAGAAUUUUUUUGUAGUUGGGCAAUUGCUGUCUAACAUACUUAUUUUCUCCGCCGAUGAAUAACACG